UCGAGAAGGAUGGUGGCUUGACUGAUCGUCUGAAGGGUGUUGGCCUAAUAUUCCGUCUUCAACUGAAAUAGAAACCUGGGAGAAUCGAACCACCGGGGGGUUUCGUUUUCAAUGGCGGCCCGCUCGAUCUACCUCGCUCUCGCUCGAAAUUUCAGGGGCCAAGCUCAAAGGGGCAUCUUCAGAUCCGUAUCCUCAUCGGCCGCUUCCACGACGCAAGAGGACUCUCCUACUUCUCGAGAUGAAGUCGAGCCUCCUCAUCAUGAUGGAAAUUGUAAAGGCGAUGAUGAUGAUCUGAAGAGCAGGGUAUUCAGGCUUAGACUCCCCAAGCGCAGCGCAACCAAUGUACUCCAAAAUUGGGUCUCCCAAGGCCGCACAAUCGGCCUCUCAGACCUCCGUCGCAUCUUGGCUGAUCUCCGCCGUUCUUGCCGCUACAAACAUGCCCUUGAGAUAUCCGAGUGGAUGGUUAGUCACAAAGGGUUUGAGUUAUUGGACUCUGACCAUGCAGUGCGCAUCGACUUGAUGACCAAAGUGUUUGGUAUUGAUGCUGCUGAGCGAUACUUUGAAGGUCUACCUCCCACUGCAAAAACUAGUGAAACUUUCACUGCUCUACUUCACUCUUAUGCUAGGUCGAAACUCGUUGACAAGGCCGAGGAACUUUAUGAGAGAGCAAAAGAAGCAAACCUGUCUCUGGGUGCUGUCACCUAUAACGAAAUAAUGACCUUGUACAUGUCAGUCGGGCAGGUGGAGAAGGUCCCUUUUGUUAUUGAAGAACUGAAACGCCAGAAGGUUGCCCCAGAUUUAUUCACUUACAAUCUGUGGAUAAGUUCGUGUGCAGCAGCCAUGGACAUUGACAGAGUUAGAACCAUUCUCGACGAAAUGAGUCAUGAUGCUGGCUCUAAUGAAGGCUGGGUAAGAUACAUGAAUCUAGCAAACAUCUAUAUCACAUCAGCUCAUCUCGUGAAGGCGCAGCCCAACUCUCUAGUUGAAAGCGAAAAGGGUAUUACACAGAGAGAAUGGAUAACUUACGACUUUCUCGUCAUCUUGUAUACCGGUUUGGGAAACAAAGAGAAAAUUGAUCAGAUCUGGAAAUCCUUAAGGAUGACCGGACAGAGAAUGACAAGUAGGAAUUAUAUGUGUAUUCUUUCUUCCUACCUCAUGCUUGGCCAUGUGAGAGAUGUAGGAGAAGUUAUUGAGCAAUGGAAACAAUCUACUGCAACAGAGUUUGAUGUCUCUGCCUGUAACAAACUUCUUCAAGAAUUUACAGAUUCUGGGUUGAAGGAAACGGCCGCAACUUUUCGAAUGCUUCUGAGUGAGAAGGGGUGCGAGGCCAUAUAGAUGAGUCACUGCAUGCAAUUGCAAUUUUAUGUUUGGAUGCUUGGAGACUGUUAAUAAUAAAUUGCUUUAUCCAAAUGGUAGCACCUUGGAAUGGCUGUUCCUAAUCAGAAUGGAAACUGCUCUCAAAUCUUUGUUUUUUCCCCCCCUUAUAUGAUUCCAAUCUCAUGGGAUUUCUUA